UUAUGCUGACUGGGAAAAAAUAAAGUAUAGCUAGCUAUAUAUGUACCACUUUUGCUAAUUACAUACCUUCCAACCCUGGAAUCCUGUAAAAUGGGAGAUUGCGUGAACUUAGUUUAGAGUUUCUGUGAGGUGCUGCCAUAGUUAGUGCCAAGGGAAAAAAAUUAAGAUUUUGAGCUUCUCUCUAGAUCCUAACAAAAAUUUUGCUGAGUUUAGAAGAGGUUGCUGAUAAGCCGCAAACGCCCGCAUAGGUAGAGACGAAUUUGGGAAUUUUUCGAAUUAAAUUGGCCCAAAACCGCCCACACUUUCACGAACUCGGCCGGAGCAUUCCUGAAGUGCAAUUUCUUGUAACAUCAUGCAGAGUUCCGACUCGCCGAAAACGCUGUGUAUGUGAGGGCGGCCGCAGGCGUUUUUUCGGGGGUUUUGGGGGGUUUUUUCGUCUGUAACUGCCCUAAAAAGCCUGGGUCUGUCCGAAACGGCCCGAAAUGCAACGCGAACAAGCUCCUUAAAUUCUUACGAAAGAAGGGAGGUGCUAUUUUGUCGUCGUACUUACAGUUUAUUAUUUGUGGGAUUUUAUUACAGCUAUUUAUGAAAUAAAUGUUAUAAAAAACAGUCUUCCACUACCAUUCCUCGACAUUAAAAGAAUAAAUUAUGCAUGGUAAUAAAUGUUUAAAAAACGUUGUUUCGGGUUGAUUUCUGGUUUCUCCAGGCGAAAUUUCAAGUUUUUGUUAUAUUGCCGGAACUCGACCGACAGCCCCAUGGUUUCCGGCGAGUCGGCACCCUCGUUCACGCAGUCGAUAGUUAAAAGAAGGCGCUUGAAGAUAAGGACAAGUUCAUUAAUAUCAGACCAUAUUUUGAUGAUUUUUGGACAUUGGUAUCAGUUGUUUUAAGUUUAUCAGAAAAUGUUUAUGGAGAAUAAGUUAAAAAAACAAUUUGAUUUUAGACUUAGCAUUAUAGUCAGAAGUUCCUGAAUAUGAAAUCCCUGUUUCAUAACAGCAAAUAUUAACAUAGUUAUUAUCGUUUGUUUCAGGAACAAUAAAUUGAUAAAAAAUUAACAAGCCCAGAAUUUUGAAAUUGAUAAAAAAUGCUCUAAACUCCUUAUUUUUAUGAGUUAUGUAUUUUGCUUUGAUUAUGAUGUUUUUAGGAACUUUCUGAGCAAUUUUGCAUAUUUUUUAUUUCCAGGACACAAAAUUGAUAAAAAUAUAACACUUUAAAGCUGCAAAAUUGUUAGGUUUUAUCAGCUUGUGACCCCAAAACAAAAAGAGACAAAUAACUAUUUUUUUGUACUUAUUUUAUAUGAAAAUACAGUUAACUGGAACAAUACUGAAUAUAUAUCCCAUGUAGAGCAAAAAUGUGAUAAUUUCUUAACAAAUCUGAAUCGGGAUAUUUUUCUUUGCAAAUACUACACUUCUAGUUAUUUUGUUAUCAAAUCCUGUCCAAUUUUUUAACCAUAUGUGGCAGUAACCAUUCAUGCACUCAAUACUCAAUGAGUCUAACAUAACAGUCUAAAAAAACUUAAAAGGGCAAUAAUAAAGUAGAGUUUGGUUAUGUAAAUUGUUAAGAUUUUAUCAUUUUAUUACCCCUAAAAUUGUUUUUAGGCAUUAUUAAAUAAGACUUAAUAUGAUUUUAACGCUCUUUACAAAAUACAGGACAUUUAUAUCUAAUUGAAAAUGAGUAUCAUUCUGACAUUUUAAUAAUUUUCCUUUGUUAAAAAUUUAUCAGUAUAUUGUUCAAAUAUAUACUCUGAUAAAUUUGUGUCCUGAAAUUUUUUUUUAGUGAAUAUACCAUUAAAGAGUGCUUUAAAUAGGAUAAGGAGAUUGAAAACACAAGGAUAACCAAAGAAAUGAUAAAUUACUAACAAUGUUACUUUUUUAUCAAAAUCAUGUACCACAACAGGUUUUUUUAGUAUUUUGACCAACUUAGCUUUUGAAGAACAAGCAUACGCAGCAUCCCUCAAAAUUUUAGCAAACUAGGCGGAUUUAUAAACAAAUUAUAAGGAAAUUUUUCUUUUUUGCUUUUUUGCAAUGUCCAAAUCGGUGUCUGAUAUUUAUGAACUUGUCCAUAAAGAAGUUAAUAUAUCAGUUUUUUAUCAAGUAAAUCUUAUUGAAAACUAUCGAAAACAGUUCUUUUUAGAACUUCGCUACCAUAUAUUAUAUAAGUUUAUUUUUUAAUUUUCUGAAUCAUUAUAUAUUAUUCAGGUCUAUACAGGUUUUUGUCGGGCAAAUACUUAAGGUUUUUUUCAAAACACCGAACUUGCUCGAAAACACCUGCACUUUUUACGGCAUAUGCAGCUUAUUGACACCCUCGUUGGUUAAGGGGCUUUUGAAAAAAUUUUUGGGCCCUGUUUGUGGGAUAUCGCCGUGCACUGUAUUUCACGGACGGAAAUCCGCUAAAGAGGGGGAGGGAGGUCGUCCGAAUCCUAACUGCAAUAUACUGCUAACAGGGCCCAAAAAUUUUUUGAAGCCCCUUAACGUAUAUACCUAACGUAAAUGUAUGGUUUUUAUACAAUGAAAUGUGAUAUAUAAAAGUAGGGUGACCGUAUGGAUUUCUCCAUGGGUAAACUAUUAGUUAGCCAUAUUUUGUUUGUUUGUCAGUCCGUAUUUUGUCUGUUUGUCUGCCAAAAGCGUCUUGUGUAAAAGCACACGAAAUGUAAUGCGAUACAUUAAGGAUGAGCAACCCUGUGAAUUUUUCCAUUGGUAAACGAUUAGUAUAUAUUAAUAAUAGCCAUAUUUUGUCUGUUCGUUGGACACCCUUUCGUAUGUAUAUGUAUAUAUCUUGUCUGUUUGUCCGCCAAAAGCAUCUUGUGUAACAUCAAGCACAAAAUGAAAUGCAAUAUAUAAAGGACGGGCAAUCCCAUGAAUUUUUUCAGGGUUAAACGAUUAGUCUUUAUAUUGAUACUAGCCGUAUUUUGUCUUUUUGUCGACCAAAAGGGACUUGUGUAAAACCACAAGCGAAAUCAUCAUCAUUCUCGGCUUAACGUCCGUUUUCCAUGCUAGCAUGGGUUGGACGGGGUAUAUUAAUGACCCUCUUCCAAUCUGAUCUAGACUGUGUUAGAUCUAAACUCAACUUCCUCUGUAUCAAGUCUGAGGACGGGUGACCCCAUGGAUUUUUCCACACAUAAACGAUAUAGCAUGAUAUAUGCUGUUUUGAAAUUAUGGUGAUUAAAUAACUGUAUAAAAAAGUAAAUAUGAAGGUCUCCAGGAAUUGAAUCCUGUCAUACCGAGGCUGGGCAUUGUCUUAACAUUUUUAAGAUUUUAAAAAUUUCUUAUAUUGAAAAAAAACCCGCGUAUUUUCAAUUACAGGUCAAGAAACAACACAAUUUUUUUACUGAAGUUACAUCCUGAAAAAUUUAUUCUAAAAAUAAGUCUUUUUUUCUCAACGAAAAUAGUGUUUUAAAACAAAGAAAAGAGAAGAAUAAAAAGUAAGAAAGUUUCAGCCUAGAAGCAUUUUGCUAGUAAAAUUGAAGCAAGUCAAAAACGCUUUUCUUAUAGGAAAAAAAACGUGUAUACAACCAGCUAAUAUAGCAAACUUGUGGAUUACAACAGGUUAACAGCUAGUAUUUUAUAAACGAUUUUCAGGUUAUAAUUUAUUUAGGAGUGUGAGGUUCGACAACCGUGACUCAGCAGAGUAUAAAAGAGAAGAAACUCGACAGAGUAUAAAAGCUAGUUAUUCAGAACAUUCAGAUAUUCCAAAUUAAUUGAACUUACUGAACCUUGAACUUGAAUUUACUUAUCGGUGAACUUAAUAGUGAACUUAUCGGUGAAUUUAGUAGUGAAUUUAUUGGUGAAAUUACAAAACGGAGGUUUCUCUAGCUUCUAAGAUUUUUUUUUCUCGAUCACACGUUACCACCGCUAAUAUGAACCUCGCAUAUAAAAGCUGUCGCCGUAUGGUACUUUUACUUUCUGGUGAUGUUGAAACUAAUCCGGGGCCUUGCACUAUUCUAAAGUCGGUACAGGGAUCUUUUCAUCAAGGGGAUGUUAGGCUUGGAACUUUUACUGGUACACAAUGUAUGUGUAAUUCCCUGUUUGCGAUCGUUUGGUCGGCUCUUAAAAAAGUUUCUUUUUGGAAUCCAGGUGAUCUUGAUCAUAUCCUUUCCGAAGGAACAAAGUGGUACACAAACCUAGGAUACACAAACCAGUACUUAAGCGCAAGUGAGCUCCCAAAUAGUUUCGUUCUUGAAAAUGAGGUCAUACAAAUACAAAGUUUAGAAAAUGUUUCUCAUAUUAUUACAGACGAUAGCACUUUAUUACGCACUUUUCAUAAUUCAUCUGAUUCCGAUAAAGGGCAAGGAAUGCUGGGCAUUAUUAGCGGUGUUAGUUUUGCUAUAGUUUGGGACCACCCGCAAAUUUAUUUAUUUGAUCCUCAUAGCCGAACUAGUUUAGGACAAAUAACAGAACAGGGUACGUCAGUCCUUUUAAAAUUUGAUUCAUUGCAACAUGUUGAAAGCUACAUACGCGAAAUAUACGUCACCCCUGGCGAAGCAAUGUGUCUUGAAACUCAAUAUUUCAAAAUACUCACAACUGAGCAGAUAACUGGUAACAUUAUGCUUAACAUUCGCAGGAAAAGAAAACUAGAACAAAACAGGAAGUACCGUGAAUCCGAGAGAGGCCGAGUGAAACAAAAAAAUUCAAUAGGCAAAUAUCAGAAAACGGAAUACGGCCAAGCUAAGUUGAGCGAGUCGAUAAGCAAAUAUCGGAAAACGGAACAGGGACAAGCUAAGGUGAAAAAGUCGAUAGGCAAAUAUCAAAAAACAGAACAGGGUCAAGCUAAAGUAAAAAAGUCAAUAGGCAAAUAUCAGAAAACAGAAAAGGGACACGCUAAGAUAAAAGAGUCUAUAGGCAAAUAUCAAAAUACAGUAAAUGGUCGAUCCAAGCUAAGAGAGUCGAAAAGUAAAUACAAAAAAACGGAACAGGGCCAAGCGAAGCAAAGGGAGUCCGUAGGAAAAUAUCGGGAAACUGAGCAGGGCCAACAGGCACAAAAAACUGCAAAGAAACGCCAUGUAGUGGAAGGUAAAGCAACAAAACGUAAGCGUGUUAACAAUCUGCCUGAUUCUGAUGAAAAAAUAAACCAAUUUAAAAAAUGCAUUGGGAAUGGGCCAUUUUAUAUAUGUGUCAUAUGUAAUCGUUCUUUAUAUAGGCGGUCAAUUAAAUUUUUUCGCCACGUCGAUUAUCCUGCCAUUUUAGAAGAGCAUUUUCGCUUCAGAGUACAAAGUUUUGAUGGCAAAGAAUACAUAUGUGCAACAUGCCAUUCAAAACUUACAAAAGGAAAGGUUCCUUCCCAGGCUGUAUCUAAUAAUCUCCAAAUGUUUGAUCUCCCAGAAUCAAUGAGCACAUUACGACGAUUAGAAAAAAUUAUUAUAUCUAAAAGAAUUUUAUUUAAACGAAUUGCAAUAAUGCCUAAAGGUCAGUGUCCUAAAAUAAAAGGUGCAAUAUGUAAUGUUCCAAUAAAAGCCGAUGAAAUAAGCAAUGUCUUACCAAGAGGAAUGGAUAAUAAUGGUGUAGUGCAAGUUGCGUUAAAGAAAAAACUGAAUUUCAAAUCUAACGUUUAUUUAGAAUCGGUAAGGCCAGAUGUUAUUCGGGAAGUUCUUUGUUAUCUGAAACUGGUUAACCCUCUUUAUUCAAAUAUUGAAAUUAACCUCACAAACAUACCACCUUCCUGGAUUAAUUUAACAUCUGAACAUGAAACUGGAAAAAGUAAAAAUGAAAUGAACGUUGAUUUUGCAAUAAAAUCGACAACAAAUAAUAAUAUCGGUGAUGUAAAAACCAAGAAUGAAGAUUACCUGGACAAUAGCGAAGAAGAGAAUGAAAACCCGUUAAACGAGUAUCGCUUGCCUUGCCAAGAAACGUCUUUUGUUCCAACUAUUCCACAUGACCAAAUUGAUGAUGGAAAUAUUGUUAUUGCUCCAGGAGAGAAAAAAAUUCCCAUACCAAUAAUUUCUGAUGAGCAUUGUGAAGAACUUUCCCACCCCUAUCUAUUUCCAACAGGUAAAUUCGGAUAUCACACGAAAAGACAAGUACCACUUUCCCCGACCAAGUAUUUCAACCAAAGAUUACUGAAUUAUAGACAGAAGUUUGCCUCUGAUACUGACUAUAUAUUCUUUGCUCAUGCAGUGACUCAACAUCUUAAUUUAAAUAGUCGCAUAAACAUCGCUAUGCAAAAAAUUAAAGCGGAUGGUCUUACAGCAGGAAUGAUGUCUGCGAAUUUUAAAGAAAGAGUUAAAUCGUUUAUAGCCAGUGACGACGCUUUCACGUUUAUGAACACGUUGAAAGGAACUCCUGCAUAUUGGAAACGAUUUCUCUUUGAAGUUUUGGCUAUGGUAAAACAGUUAGGACUUCCAACAUUUUUUAUGACUUUGUCCUGUGCAGACUUAAGAUGGAAUGAACUGGUUAAAAUCAUUACUAAAUUAAAAGGUAUUGACAUAUCUGAAGAAGAAAUCGAAAAUCUAAAUUAUUAUCAAAGAACAGAGAUUCUUAACAGUAAUCCAGUUCUUCUAGCAAGACAUUUUCAAUAUAGAGUUGAGACGUUUUUUAAAACCAUAGUUGUCAACGGACCAUUAGGUAAAGUAAACUACUACGCGAUUAGAGUUGAAUUUCAGGUUAGAGGUAGCCCACACAUCCACUCUUUAUUAUGGGUUGUCAAUGCACCAAUUUUCCGUAGCGAUAAUAAGAAAGAAUAUAUUGCCUUUGUGGAUAACAUAGUUAAAUGUCAGCUUCCUAAUAAAGACAGCAACCCAGAUCUCUACAAACUAGUUUCGACAUAUCAAACACAUUCUCAUUCUAAAUCUUGUCGUAAAUAUAAAAACAAGAAUUGUCGAUACUCUUUCGGCAAGUUUUUUACAGACCGUACAAUUGUUGCUGAGACUUUACCUGAUAACAUCUCAAAGAAAGAAAGAGAAACACGGUUAAAAGAAAGAAAGGCUAUACUAGAAAAAGUAAAAACUUACAUAGAUUCAAAUUUGAAUCCAAGAUUCAACAAUAUUCUUCAUCCAGACGAACCGAAUUAUAACCAACCAGGUACAAUUGAACAAAUCCUUCAAAGUUUAGCCAUAACAAAUAAAGAAUAUGAAAACGCACUAAGCAUCUCACCUGAUACUGGAUUUCAAAUUCACUUCCGAAGGCUUCCAGAUUCUUGUUUUAUCAAUAAUUAUUUUACUGAGGGUUUGAAGGCAUGGGAAGCUAACAUAGACAUUCAACCUGUUCUUGAUUAUUAUAAAGCAGUUUCUUACAUGUGUGCUUAUUUGUCAAAAGUUGAAAAUGAAUCUUCAGAGGCAAUGAAAAAAGCUGCAUCGCAAGCACUAGAAACUGGUGAUUCAUUAUUUGAACAGAUGAAGUCAAUUGCAAAUGCGUAUCGAAAUCAUCGCGAAAUGUCAGUUCAAGAAGCAGUAGCUACUAUAAUGCCAGAAAUAUGGUUACGAAAGACAUUUCCAGCUGUAGUUUUUGCAAAUAGUAACAUUCCUGAGAAGCGAUACAGGGUAUGUCGCAACGAAGAAGAAAUUUUAAGUUUACCACCAGAGAGUACGGAUAUUUUUAAACGAAACAUGUUGGAUAGAUACAUGGAUAGACCAAAUCUAGAAUUUAAAAAAGGCAGAUACCCCAUGUUGGAACAAAUGUGUUAUGCUGAGUUCUUGUCAAGCUACUCUAUGAAAAUAAAACCGAAACCAGAAGAAGAAAAUGACAGUCAACCAGAAGUACUUGAAGAAAUAAUAGCUGAGAUUCAAGUCGAAUCUCCUUAUCCAAAAACUAUACCUCUGAUGUCAUCAAAAGAAAUGUUGAACUUGCGAAAAGAAAAAUGUGUUCUAAGAUACCAUGUACCUAGUCGAGACAAAAAUCCAGAAGGAUAUGCACAUCAUUUGCUCCUUAUGUUUUAUCCUUUUCGCCAGGAAGCAAAAUUGUUAAGUGAAAACUCGGGUACUUACACAGAGAAAUUAUUGGAAAACGGUGUAUUAGAAAUUAUAAAUACAAAUAAAAGAAUAUGCGAACCAUUUGGUGAACUUGUUGAAGAAGCAAUGAUAAAUUUUCACGCAAAUGUAAAUAAUCUUGAUUCUUUUGCCGAACAGGAAAACGACGAUGUUUCUGAUGAGAUUAGUAAUAUAAACAACCAUGACACUGACGAAAUUCGAAGUGAAACCGAAAACAUCCCAGUUUUUGGAAACACUUUUUCAUCUAUUACUGAGCCUGGAAUUUCCGACGACGAACUCCAUGAAAAGAUUCGAACAUUAAAUAAAACACAAAGGCAAAUUUUUGAAGUGGUAAAUGAUUGGGUUAGAACUUACGUAAAAGGUUUAGCGCACACCAUAAAAUUAAGCCAAUUCACAUUUUUCUAACAGGAAGUGCAGGUUGUGGAAAGUCCCAU